AUGGAGAGAGAGGACGAAGACGCGACGCGAGAGAGAAGGAAGCUAUUCCGCCGUGCACUGUCGUCGCUCCCGGGGUCAAUUGAAGCCGCCGCCGCUGCUAGGGCUUGUCGUGCUCCUGUCCUCACUUUCGGCUUCUACGAUUACUUCCUGCGUUUCAUCGAUGCCGUUUUUGAUGCCAAGGGUGCGGAUGCAAUUCUCUCCUUUGAAAAGUUCUGCUGCAAUCUCUCCAUAUCUCUUCUUCAGAUUGACGAAGAGCUUCUUCAAGAAGUGGUUAAUAUGGGAUUUGACAGAAAUCAAUUGGUUGAAUCUUUAUGCAACAGGAUCCAAAAUGAGUCACUAAGAAAAAUGAACCACCCAAAUAUUGUGAAGCUAAAGGAAGUUAUUCGAGAAAUUGACAUUCUGUACUUUGUUUUUGAGUACAUGGAAUGCAACCUGUACCAACUUAUGAAAGACAGGGAGAAGAUCUUUUCUGAGGGUGAAGUUAUGAAUUGGUGUUUUCAAGUUUUCCAAGGUCUUGCUUAUAUGCACCAGUGGGGAUACUUCCACCGUGAUUUGAAGCCUGAGAACUUGCUGGUUACCAAGGAUAUCAUAAAAAUUGCUGAUUUUGACCUAACAGGUGAGAUCAGUUCACAACCACCCUACACUGAGUAUGUCUCCACACGGUGGUAUCGUGCUCCUGAAGUGCUACUUCAAUCUUAUUUGUAUAGCUCCAAAGUUGACAUGUGGGCAAUGGAUGCUAUAAUGGCUGAACUGUUCUCUCUUCGUCCUCUUUUUCUUGGUGCCAGUCCUGGUUUUUGUGAAUCUAUUUCAAGUUUCAAAUGGCACUUUCAAACAUGUGCUACUGACCUACUGUACCAAUUUCAAUAUGAUAAUGCCUGA